ACUCAAAUUUCAUGAGCUCCCAAGGCCCAGCCCAGGCUAUACCUGGCCGGACGUACCUUAUGGAACACAGAUCCUUGUACCAGCUGCCUACUGAGACGGGCCAAUCCUUCUCCACCUCGCAAGGCUUGGGAGCAGAAGCCCCGGCUGCAUGCCAGCGCCCGUUGUCUGCCCCAUGCCUGCCAUACCCCCCACAGGGCUUCAAGCAAGAGUUCCAUGACCCGAUGUAUGAGCAGGCAAAUGCGGCUGCCGGCAGCGCCCGGUACACGGCAGGGAUGGUGAUCAAGCAAGAGCAGAUGGAUUAUGGUUUCGAUGCAGGAUAUGGUUACGAGAAGCAGAUGCGGCCAUUUGCGGACGAUGUUUGCGUUGUCCCAGAGAAGCUUGAAGGAGACAUCAAGCAAGAAGUGGGCACCUACCGCGAGGGGCCUCCUUAUCAACGGCGGGGGUCUCUACAGCUCUGGCAGUUCCUUGUGGCGUUACUGGAUGACCCCAGCAACUCCCACUUCAUCGCUUGGACAGGCCGAGGGAUGGAGUUCAAACUCAUUGAACCAGAAGAGGUGGCACGGCUUUGGGGUAUCCAGAAGAACCGCCCGGCGAUGAACUAUGACAAGCUGAGUCGGUCUCUUCGUUACUAUUAUGAGAAGGGAAUUAUGCAAAAGGUGGCUGGCGAGCGUUACGUGUACAAGUUUGUUUGUGAGCCCGAAGCUCUCUUCUCGCUGGCCUUUCCCGACAAUCAACGACCAUCCCUGAAGGCAGAGUUUGAGUGGCACAUCAGCGAAGAAGACACGGUGCCUCUCUCCCACUUAGAUGAGGGGGUGGCCUACCUGCAAGAUCUUGGGGGACAGCCUUACGGCAAAGGCUACACGUACUGACAGGACAGACGGUUCUGACAUGGGCCGAGUUUGUGUGUACAUAUAUAUCAAGAUCUUUGCCAUUAAUCACCAGUAUAGAUAUUGCCUACCCUCUCCUAGGGUUGGAGCAAAAUGUACAGUGGUACACCUUGGGGAGACGGGACCGAGGGCAGAGUUUGGGCGUGGGUUCCAGUCCCACCCCUAGCCAUAGACUCAGUGGGAUGACGCUGGAGCGAGUCGCUUCCCUCUCUUUUUUCAGCAUCCAUUCCUAAGGAGUACCUA